AUAUAAAAAUCUCUACAUAGAUAAACGCAUCGGUGACUGAUCUCAAUCUCUCUUCUCUUUCGCCAUAGCAUCAGAGCAAUUGAGCUUUUUCUCACACUAUCUGGAGCGGAAGAGAAAACCGCAGCUCUCAUGGCUUCCCAAACCCUGAUCGCAUCUACUUUCUCUUCUCAGAGCUCUAGCCCUCGUCUACCGAAACGAGCUCACGUUUCUUCCAACCGUGUAAUCCUCUCUCUGUUCUCAUCUCCUAAACCCACUCCAGGUUUAGUUCUCCACCGAGCCAAAUCCGACGCUCUUCGUUCGACUUCAAGACUUACGGUUUGUGCUUCCUCUGCUGCUCCCGUCCUUCCACCCGGCCCGUCGAUGCAGCCCUCAAAUGCUACCCCCUCAACCCUUGUCUCCAAUUCGACUCGGACCGUCGCGUUCGUCGUUGCCGCCGCUUUGACGCUACCGAAGGUAUUUGCAGAGGCAGUUCGAGGGUUCGUUCUCAAACUCAAGCAAAUUUGCUCGACCCCAUCUCAUGAAGAGCUGGCCAGAAUUCAGACUAUCAAAGAAAGCUUGGUUUGCACGAUCGGACCCUUGUUUUUCGCCGCUCUCCGUGACCGCCCGAGUGGAUAUCUCAACACGCCUCUUACCGUGGUAGCUUCGGGCAUGGCUAAGUGGCUAGACAUUUACAGCGGCGUAUUAAUGGUUAGGGUUUUGCUAAGCUGGUUCCCCAAUAUUCCGUGGGAUCGCCAACCUUUAUCGGCCAUAAGGGACCUCUGCGAUCCCUACUUGAAUCUUUUUCGGAAUAUAAUCCCCCCAGUUUUUGAUACGCUGGAUGUCAGCCCUCUUCUAGCAUUUGCGGUAUUGGGGACUCUAGGUUCCAUUCUGAACAACAGUCGGGGAACCUAUUGAGGGUGCAUGUUACGGAGCAACUCUUCUUAUUAUUUUUGUAUCAAGUGUAGUUCGGGAAAAAGGGGUGAGAUUUUUAUAGUUUUGUAGCUAGGUCUUAUGUUUUUGUAAUUUGGAGAUUCUAUUGUAUUAUCUUCUUCAAAUAAUAAGAUACUGGCUGGGAUACUUGUCUAUUUGGGUGUAUCGUGGCUGAAAUUUUAUA